UUUCCUGAUAGCCUUUUACCGGAUUCAGUAGAAAUUGCUUUACGUUUGGAAAAUUAUGUGAACAAGAAAGUAUACAUUUUGGGAGAUACUUCUUGUGGUAGUUGUUGUGUUGAUGAAAUAACUGCACAGCAUAUUAAUGCAGAUAGUAUAAUACAUUUUGGUCAUGCUUGUUUAAAUCCUACUACCCGUUUACCUGUAUUUCAUGUUUUACCCAAAAAAGAGGUUGAUACAACAGAAGUUAUUAAUAAGUUUAAACAAAAAUUUGAGAAUCAAUCUGAAAAAAUUUUAUUUUUUUAUGAUAUUGCUUAUGCACAUAAAACAGAAAAUAUAUAUAAAAUAUUGAGUUCUAUUUAUAAAAAUUUAAUCUUUACUUCAUUAAACUGUACUUCUAAUGUGAAAUUCACAGAUACAAAACAUUGUUCAUCUACAGUAAUCUUAGGUAGGUGUUUUAAAUUAGAUAAGGAAUACAAAAUAGAAGAUUAUGCAGCAUUUUUCCUGGGAAACGAUGGAAAAACAUUCACUACAUUAGCAAUAACAAUUCCUGCAAAAAAGUGGUACUAUUUUGAAAAUAAUAAUGUUGUUGAAUAUGAAGCUUUAAAUACACCAUGGUUAAAAAGAAGAAGGUUUUUAGUUGAAAAAUUAAAAGAUGCCAAAGUUGUUGGUAUAGUUGUAGCUACUCUAGGCAUUAAAGAUUAUCUUAAAAUAAUAACAAUGGUUAAGCAUAUUUUAAAAGAAAAAAAUAAAAAAUCUUAUAUUUUGAGUGUUGGUAAAAUUAAUCCAACAAAACUUGCUAAUUUUCCUGAGAUUGAUGCCUUUGUUGUGAUAACAUGUCCUGAAAAUGAAAUAUUUGAUUCUAGAGAAUUCUUUAAACCAAUACUAAUGCCUUAUGAAGUAGAAUUAGCAUUUAAUAGUUCAAGGGAAUGUUAUACACAAAGUUGUAUGGACUUUAGACAAAUACUUCCUGGAGGAAUAAAUUAUAUUGAUUUUAAGGCAUCAACAGAUUCAGAUGUCUCUUUAAUUACUGGUGAACUUAGAAACUGUAAUGAAAGUGCUCUAUGCACAGAUAAGAUGAAUGCUCUAGUAAUUAAUAAUUCAACAGGUGUUGUUGCAAUCGGGAAAGCAGGAGCUGAAUUUUUACAUAAUAGAUCAUGGAAAGGAGUUGAACAAAGAUUAGGCAAAGAUGCAGUACAUUCAGCAGAAAUUGGCCGCUCUGGUUUACCAAACUGUUAUGAAAAUGAAUCUAUUUCUAUAAAAAAAGAUAACGAAUGAAUAUAAUAAAUACAAUAAUGUCCGUAAUGUAAUAUCACAGACGUGGUACACAAUAGACCUAUCACCCAAUUUAUUUCUUUGUCCCACAUCGCGGGGCUCUAGAGCUCCCAUACCAUUUUCGUGUCGUUUCC